AAAUGGCGGAAUGCUAUACUUCUCAAUGUGCCAAGAAACGAAUUUUAUUUCGUAAGGAGCUUCAAAGAUGGAACAAGGAUGUUUUAUUACUUGUUGGCUUGGAAAGAAUAGCUGAAGAGAUUGUAGGCCAUGAGAAGUGGAGGAAACUGAUGACCCCCUUUAAUGACUUAGAGAACAGUAGUCCUCAAGACUGGUCACCAGAAGAGAUGUGUUGUUUUUGUCGUGCAAAGAAGCAACCACCAUAUGAUCCAGCUGAUGGUAUUGUCCAUUCAAUAGAAGCAGGUAAGGAAGAAAAAGGCCCCCUUAAAAGUGACCUCAUGAAAGGAAACUUGUGUCAAACAAACAAUUUUCAUAUGCAUUGUUGGUCUGAUGGCUCUGUUGGUGGAUCCCGAUCUCCAUCUCCCUGUGGGGAGGAACCACUUGAUUUAAGUGUGCACUCCAAUAGGAUCUUUAAAACAACAGAAAAGGAUGAAGAAGAAGAUAGCAAUUCAGCCAGUUCUGUUUUGAAAGUUCCACUUCCAUCAUCAAAGCUUGGACAAAAACGCCGACUUGACACUGGUUACAAGCGAGCUUAUACAGAAGACGAACUACAAGCAGCCCUACGAGAUAUUCAGACUGGAAAGUUAGGUACACGUCGUGCAGCUGUUAUUUAUGGUAUUCCACGAUCAACUUUAAGGAAUAAAGUUUAUAAAUUGACAUUGGAAAGAAAAAAUAAACAUAGAGGUACUUCUCUAAAAGCUGGUAGAAUUAAGCAAUCUUCUGUUGAUGCAAUUCAGCCAAAAAAGACUGAAGGUGACAGCUCAGACGUUGGGAGUGAAUCGCUGCGACAAUUGUUAAAGAUGACCAUAACACACAAGACACAGAACACCAAAACAAUCUCACCAAGUGAACAGAAUAAAAUAAGGGAACCUUCAAAUAUGUGGCCAUUUAUUAGUCCUGAUUUCUACACAAGUGACCAUCUGAGCAUCCAUCGUUUAGUAAAUGGUCUUGAGUAUAGCCAUGCUGUUGCUCCCCUCAUAUCUCAGAUGUUAGCGGGGAUAGAAGCCUUAGCUUUAAAGAAACCACCUUGUGGUCACAACAUUCUAGAUCAAUCCUUGACAGACAUUAGCCAGCUACCAGUACUGCCACACCUCAUACAUCAUCUUGCGGAAGAGCGACUUCUUGUUGAAUGUGAUCGAAAUAAACAGCUUAAUGAAGGGAAAAGUAAACAGGAGAAGGAAAUGUCUGAGUGCUUAUCCAAUGUGAUACUAAAAGUUCCGUCCUUUAGACCAGGCUCUCAGACAAAUUUGAACAAAAGUGGCACAACUAGUGCUCUGUCAUCUAGUCAAUCAGGUCAUAACCUGGGAAGUAAAGGUAUAUCUGUUUCCUUGAAAGAAUUGAUUGCCAAAAGUAUUACCCAGAGGGUUGGCAAAACUGAUGUGUGCCUAAGUAAGGAAGACAAUUUAAUUAACAAUCAGGCAGUAGAAAAAGAAGAGAAAGUCUGGAACAACUUGAAAAGCAGGUUGGUAUUAAAAUCUUCCAGCCAGGACUCCUGCCCAAACUCUUCUCAAGUUGUUGAAUUGCCUAAAAAAGAAAGAAAACAAAUACGUCCUAAACGAGGGCGUUAUAGGAAUUAUGAUCAUAAUAGCUUGACAUUGGCUGUACGUGCAGUACAGAGAGGCGAGAUGAGUGUUCACCGUGCUGGAACUUACUAUGGUGUACCCCAUUCCACACUAGAAUAUAAAGUUAAAGAGCGACAUCUGUUACGUACCAAGAAGAAAAUAAACUAUACUCAAAAAUCUUCAGAAAGUUGGACUUCUCCUAAGAAUAGUGAUAGCAAACAGAGUUUAAAGAAACUUUCUGGGGCGACAAACACGAAAGGAAAUGAGUUAAUAGUGUCUCCAGGUAAAUUAGAAGGUUCAUCUUCACAGCAAACUUCCUUGCCGUCCCAAAUUUCACUUUGGCAAACUAUGCCAUUUUUUUCUGUUGACUUUCCAGGGCUGAAUUCCAGCUCUGGUAACUUCUUUGCCUCUCAGAUGAUGCGCAAAUUGCAGGCUAAUGCUCAAAGGCAGGAAGGGGAAAGAGGAGAACAACAGCAAGAAGUAGGAAUUUUGGAAAACCUGAUUAAGAAGACUCUUGAAAAGUCAGUUUCUUUGGAAGAGAAAAGCGCCUCAUCCCUGAUCUUUUCUAGUACUAAAGAAAGUGAUACAAAUCUAAAGAGAAAAUAGUAGAACUUAAUUUAUCUUCUUUUUCCCCAGUCAAAUUGUGGAAGCAGUGCUGAAGCACUCUAAUGUGUAGUAGAAUCCUUUGUAAGUGUUUAUCUUCUGUUGUUUGUAUUUGUAGGUGGUGCACUUGGUGCCUUUUUAGUUGUCUUGUGUUAUUUACCACUUGAAGAUCAACCUAGUCCCAGCUGUGAUGGAAGUAAAACUUAUUUACUCUAUUGUAAUGUAUAAUCAUGUGGAUUUUCACAUCACUGUUGCUUUUUUUUUAUGAAUUUUAAAUUGCUAAGUUUAUUCUUAUUAUUUUUAUUAUUAUUGUUAUUCAAGCAAACAGCAUUGGCAAGACUUUUGUUAGCAACUUUAACUGUGAUAUUGAUUUUAAAGAUAUUUCCAUUCUUUAUAGAAAAACCAUUCCACAGAUAUUUCCUUCUGUGUGAGCAUUCCAAAAUUUAUCUAGCAUUCCAAUUUGGAAAAAGGGUUUCUAAAAGUAAGUUGACUCUAAUAUUUGACUGAAUUUCAGAAUAAGUAAACUAUACUUUAAAUGCAUAAACUCACAUCUUUGUGAUGAAGUACCUUUUUAUGACGUUUUGUUUGUUAUUACACAAAGUUUGUCUUCCAUCUCUCCCAUAUAUCACUUUAUUAUAUAAUAUCCACAUUAAUGUUCACGACACCUCCCCCGAACAAUUUCACACAUUCAUCAUGUAUUUGUGACUGUUUAUGAAAGUGCAGUUUGUCAGUCUUAUUGUUUCAUACAUGCUUUUGUUUUGUGAUCUGUUGGUACUUAUCUUUAACUUUUUUUCUCUUGUUUCAUUUCACACGUUCUUGGAUUGCAUUCCUAUAGUUCCAUUUUCUGAAUAAUACUUUUUCAGUUUACGUUGCUAGCAUAAAUGUUUGUACUAAGCUACAUGGACUUCAUCUCAACUAUUAUAUUAAUUGUUGUUGAAUUGUUUUUUGUUUUUUUAAGUUUAAAUGCUUUAUUUCUUGCUGGCAUACCCUUAUAUUGCUUUUUAUUUUGAUCACCAGUGGAAGAGACUUGGGUUUAAGACUAUGAAGGGGAACUCUUGCAACGUAUUUGAAACAUUUGAUUCAUUCGUAUGGAUGUGCUUUCCCCCUAAUAUUUUGAUUUGGGAGUGGCAGAAAAUAUUUAACCUCUCCUUCAUCUUAUAUUUCUGUGAAUUUCUAGAAUUCUGUGUUUAGGCAUUCAAUUGAUUGUCAGCUUAGCAUCUGGUGGUUAUAAUUGAACUCUCAAGAUUCAUUAGUGAUAGCUUUUGACAGAAUCCUCUCUUUUAAGUUAUUUUGCUCCUGAUGCAUAUGUUUCUCACAUUCAUGCUUCAUUGUUCUAAAGGAUUAAAAUGUUUUCUUCUCACUGAUUUAACCAUAAUUUUUGUUAUUCUUUAUGUUAGUUUUGGUUAUCAAUUCUAAAACCCUUCUAAGAACAGGUUUUGUCUAUUACAUAAUCUGCUCCAUCUUGAUAAUGGCCAAAGAUUGACAGUUGAAACUAUUAUUUUGAAUAUGGGGUUCCUGCUGCUUGGAUUAAUAUCCUGUAUGUUGAUUCUCAUUUUCCACUCCCUCUCUUUACCAUUGUCAGGAGGAGACUCUCUAGGCUUCUGUUGAAACUCUUCAUAGAGCUACUAUUGGAGUUGGCUUUGGUUUUUUUUUAAAGCUUAUUUCCUAAUGCUCAUUUCUUCCUUCAGGACAUUUUGUAAACUUCUUUUUUAUGAUUGAUUGGAAUCUUCUCCCUACCAAUAUUUUUUUCCAUGGAGUGUGUUGAUAAUACUGUUUUAUUCCUUAGCUGUUUGCUCAAGACGUUCUGUCUUUGAGGACAUUAAAUUCCUUUUAAUCUUAUUUUCUCUAGGCUGUAUCUGUUUCACCUUUGGCUAUUGUGUCAUUAAAGGAUGUUGUGAUACAGUUUGUCUACCCAUGAAAACAAAAUCCCUUAUUUCUGUGGCUCAAUUCCAGAAUAAUGCUUUAACUUUUUUUCAUUGCAUAGUUUGGGAAUAGUUCUUAAUGCUAACUGAAUAUCAAGUACUUGGUCUUUGAUGGUAUACAAUUCUCUUGCUUAUUGUCUGUAACUGUAGAUAGUAUUUUUCAGGUUUGGUACAUUUUCUUAAGUAAUGGUGUUCUUAUUAAUCUUGAUAAUUUAUUUGUCACUAUGUACUUUUAAUAUCUGGAAAAUAUUCAUUCUGUAUUUUCAGAUGCUAGAUUUUUUUCAUGGAGUUCUCGCAUUGAGAUUAUCACCAAUUUUGGAUUUCGGGCACCAUGGAAAUUCUUUAAUUAUCCCUUUAAAAAUGCCUCAGUCAUGACUCCCCCCCCCCCCCAUCUUUCAGUUUCUGAUACCAGACUUGUUGUAGGUUCUCAAGAUGAAUCAUCUAAAACAUGAUCUUUCAUCUCAGCCCUUAUGUUUAACUCCCUAUCUAUUCAGUGUUAAGGGUUCUCACUGAUUUACAAAAAUAUAUUUUUCUACAGUAGCCUUCCUUUAAAUAAACACAGCCUUUGUUUCAUCUUUCAUUUCAACUUCUUAGUAUGAAGUCUCACUCCUUGUCUUCCAGGAAAAAGCUCUGUCAUGUGCAUGGAGUGUGUUUAUUUUAGAUAGUCUUUACUUUCUUUGUCACUAGUUACCAGUCAGUUUAAUAUUCCUUCAGCUGUCAUGCUCUCUCUACCUUCUGUAUCUGUAAUUGUCUUCAUUCCCAUGACCUUCUUGCAGGCUAUGCCUGUUCAUUCUUCUAUCUCUUGUAGUUUUUCUGGGUUCUUAGCAUUGAGCACACAUCAUUUUGUCAUGGAUGCCAUAUUUUAUCUCUUAUUUUCUUUUUUUCCAAGGAAUGUGAAUUUGUUCUUUCCUAUCCCAAAUUAAGCUCAUUCUCCUAUUUAUCAGGUCAUUCUGGAUUGGAGUUUCGAUUUUCCAUCCAGGCAGUUCUUAAAUUUGUAGCUUAUUCUCUUCUACUAGAACUUCUGCAUAAUUGAUUUGGACUUUUGCCAAUGAUUUUAUUUCAUGUGGAAUGCCCCCAUUAACUUGCAGUAUUCUGGACUUAAUUCUUGCAGUAAGUUUUCAUUUGCUUGAUGAAUUAAAAGUUACAGUCAUUCUUUCUGUUGUUUUACUUUUUUCUUCAUCACUACCCUUAUGGUUGAGGAAUUUCAUGGUGAAUAAAUGAAAAAUACCACAAGGAAAAUAUACACAAAAGAAUCAAAACAUUAUAUUUUUUUAUUAAUCAAAAAACCACUAUGCUUUAGCAGAAUCUAAGAAUGAUUUUGAUGCUAUAGAAAUUUCAAAUACCAAGACACCCUUCUAUAGCAUUGAUUUGAAUUUGGUCCCCCUACUCCAUUUUGAACUUUUUGUCUGCGCCUUUCAUUGUGAGAUCUACAUGAACUGAACAUUCAGAAUGUCAAAAAAAGGAUAUUUCAAGAUAUAGAGGUAUCUAUAAUCAGUUCAUUUCAAAACUUUAGCCUCAAACAUAUUCAUGUUUUAAGAACUAAAAAUUAAAUGUGCAGUCAAAUUUAAUGUUCUAUUUACCACUUGUUAUUAAAUUAAACAAAUUUCCAGGAAUUUCACCUUGUUCACCCUGGACAAGGGCAAGUCAAAAGAAUAGACUUCAUACACCAAAACCAGUAUAAUUCAAUGAGUAGUGGUAAAUUGAAUGACAGAUUGGGCUUCACAUUUAUUGUUUAUAAUUUAAACAACUUGUCUGGCAGAAUAAUUCACAAGAAUGAAUUAGUAGCAUAGAUGCUACUUAAAAUACCUAUAUAAAUAUAAGAUUACUAUAUGAAUAAUGACAUUUCAAAACACCAUACAUAUUUUGGUGAUAAGCAUCAGAUGCUUUUGAAUGACUAAUUUUAUUUUUUAUAAAAACUGGAGGUUUCUGUUAUCAUCAAAUCGAUUUAUAUGUUUUAGAAACUCGACUGAUGUUAUGUAACAUUGAAUAUUUUUGGGUAAUAAUUCAUACUAAGCAGACAUUGUGGAAUACUUGCUGUGUAUGAAUUGUUUACUGUUUGAUUAGUACAUCAAAUACUUUUAAACUUUCGUUACUCUUUAAGUAAACUUCUGUCGUUCAAGUGCUUGCAUUUGGUAAUCAUGUUAAAUGAUUAAAAGGACUAAAAGCCAAAUGCUCUUUCGAUAUUAGAAAGUUUUUCUCAUUGCAUCAUGAUAGUUUAUAUUAUACAGAGUUUUCUACAUGUAGUUCAAAAUGUAUAAAUUCUUUACAUAUUCAGUUAAUAUAAUUGAAUUUGAAAAUGCCUCUCUUACUGUUUAAAAUUAACUUUAUAAUGUUCUACUCUCAUGAAGAUGAGAAGGUUAUGAGUGGGAUGCAUAGUAAGGUUUGAAGUUUUGAGGACCAUGUUAGGUAUGUCUUGACAAAAAAAGCAUUCAGUGCAGCUUAACAUACGAAAAUUGAUUUCUAGCAUGAUUUAAACCUUUUGUUGCUAUUAUCUGAUGCAAAUUUCAUAUAAGGUUACUGAUAUCUAUUCCAUGAGUUUAUCUACAUAUUCAUGAUUAUUUUGUAUUGUAAAAAUGGUUACAUGGGACCUCCCACUACUUCAUCAUUCUAGUGUUCAAAAUUGAUGUGAAAAAACUAGCUUUUACAGCAUGAGAGACCUAUGAAAUAUUAUACAAUCUCCACUUUUGUAUCUUAGCUUGUUGUUGAAAUGGAAUUGACUUGUAAAUACAUAAAACUCAUCUGCACACAUGGAAUGUUUGUACUAAUAGUAAGUGAAAUAAACAAAUGAAUCUAU